AUGAGAGGGGUCGACAGAUUGAGUAGGAACGGGUUGGAUGGUAUUUGUCCUGGGUGUCUUUAUAAGGAGUGCCCGAAUAGGCAGUUGGGUCGAGAGAAUCAUCGGAAGGAAAGGCUUUAUUCGGAGAGUGAUGAGGAGGUCCAGGUGGGCAAUAAUGAGGUGACUCAGGAGGACGAUGUCGAGAAUGACGAUCGAGAGAGCUAUGAUGAGGAAAGCAACGAUGAGGAAAACAGCAAUGAGGAGCAUGCCGUCAAGGAGAGCGUCGAUAAGGAGGAGAGCGGUGAGGAGGCCGAUAAUGAGAAAAGGAGCAAUGAGGAGGACAACGAUGACCAAAUCGAUAACAAAGACGACGAUACGGAAGAAGCCAACAGCGACGAGAGAAAUGACAGUGAAGACGACAGAUGGAGGGGUUGGCAUAGGAAGUUUUGUCUACAGUCGAAGGAACAAGGAAAGGGCUACUGCUGCCGUGGUUGUCUUUGGACACAAUGUCCAAAUAGGAAGCGUGGUCACUUUGACUUGGAUUAUGAUGUAUGGGAAGUCUUUCCGCACCACAAUUAUGACACGGAGCAGGAGGAGGACGACGACGGAUACGAAGACAAUAAAGAAGGUGAUGAAGACGGAGACGAGGAUGAGUACGAUGAGGAUGAAGGCGAGCAUGGAGAGAAUAGGUCAUAA